GCGCCCGCCAGUGCAGCGCGGGGCCGCCCCCGCCCGCUGCCCUGCCCGCUCUCCUUCCCGCUGGAUUCAGGGCAGAGAUUCCCUGGGAGAGGAGAGAGGCGCUGGCACUGAGCGUCUGUGGUGCCCCAUCUCUGUGUUCAAGGCUAUGCUGAACGGGGCUUGGGACAGCCUGCUCUAGCGGGAGGUGUCGCUGCCCGUGGCGCGGGGCUGGAGCGGGCUGGGAUUUACGGUCCCGGGCGUUCCCGGGCGGUCCCAAACCAUUCCCGGGCUCCACAAACCGCUCCCGGAACGGUCGCUCCGCGGCCGCGUUCCCGGGGGAAGGGGAAGGAAGCGGAGGGUGCCGGGAGGUGCGGCGGCGUUUCCCGUCCCCCGCGGAAGAUGGCGGCGCCCAGCGCGCUGCUGGCCUGGUGCGUCCAACACCUGCGCGGGGACUUCGGGCUGGACGUGGGCGAGGACGUGGUGAGGUACAUCUUGUCCAUCACGAACGAGGAUGAGAUCCGGGAGUACGUGGUUGACCUUGUUCAGGGCACCGAGGGGAAGAAGAGCUGGUUUGUGGAAGAGCUGCUGAGCAGGUGGAGGAAAUCCGCCCAGCUGCCGUCCGAGCCCUUCCCCGCCUAUCGGAAAAAGGACGAGGCUUCGGAAGUGCUGCGGGGCGGAGACCAAGGGAAGAAGGGGAAGCGCAAAGGGCGGAACAAGCAGGAGACCCUGGCAUACACCGAGCCCUGUGCUCACGGGGAGGAGGUGAAAACCCCACUGGACCUGGCCAAGGCCCAGGAGAGCAGCAGCGGAGUCAGCAGCAGUAGCAUUUCCUCUAAGAAGAAGCCCAAAUAUGUCAGCCUGUACACAAGGGAGGGGCAGGACAGGCUGGCCGUGCUCAUCCCGGGCCGCCACGCCUGCGAGUGCCUGGGCCAGAAGCACAAACUCAUCAACAACUGCCUGGAGUGCGGGCGCAUUGUCUGUGAGCAGGAGGGCUCCGGGCCCUGCCUGUUCUGUGGGGCCCUGGUGUGCACGAAAGAAGAACAGGACAUUCUUCAGCGGGACUCCAACAAGAGCCAGAAGCUGCUGAAGAAGCUCAUGGCAGGUGUUGAAAGUUCAGGGAAUUUGGAUGCCAUAAGCAAAGGCUUGCUGCCCCAGCAGGAAGCAAGACUCAAAUCAGGCCUGGAGAUGGCUGUGAAGCACAAAGACAAGCUGUUGGAAUUUGACAGGACAAGCGUGCGUCGGACCCAGGUCAUUGAUGAUGAGUCGGAUUACUUUGCCACGGACUCCAACCAGUGGCUCUCCAAGCAGGAGAGGGAGGCGCUCCAGAAGAGGGAGCAGGAGCUGCGGGAGCUGCGCCACGCCUCUCGGCUGGCCAAGAAAAUCACCAUCGACUUCGCUGGCAGGCAGAUCUUGGAGGAAGACAACAACAUGGCUGAGUACCACAGCAAACUAGAUGAGACCAUUGCAGCCAUGAGCUGUGGUGCACUGAGCGAGCCAGCCGGGAGCCCUGGGGCAGAGAUGACACCAAACUCUGGGGUUUUGGUGAAUCCCCGUCUCCUCCAGCCUGCUCCUUUGUGGGUGGACCAAACUGGUUCGCUCCCACAAAGGAAAAUUAUUCAUUCCACGGAGGCUGGAAGUGAGUCUGGCUCGGAGCGGAACCGGCUGCGGAUUCAGGACCGAGAGCUGCAGGAGAUCUCGGAUGAUGGUUGGUGCCUCAGCCUGCACCAACCUUGGGCUUCUUUGCUCGUGAGAGGAAUCAAAAGAGUGGAGGGCAGGACCUGGUACACAUCUCAUCGAGGGAGGUUAUGGAUUGCAGCUACUGCUAAAAGACCUUCCCCUCAGGAAAUCUCAGAACUGGAAGCCACCUACAGAAUGCUGUUCCGGAAAGAUGUGGAAUUUCCAAGUGAUUAUCCCUCAGGAUGCCUCCUGGGCUGUGUGGAUGUGACUGAUUGUUUAUCACAAGAGCAAUUUCAGGAGCAGUAUCCCGACCUGAGCCAGGAAUCUGGGUCUCCAUUUGUCUUUAUCUGCACUAAUCCCCAGGAGAUGGUUCUGAAGUUUCCCAUCAAAGGAAAACACAAAAUCUGGAAGCUGGAUGCAAAGAUCCAUCAGGGAGCGAAGAAGGGGUUAAUGAAGCAGAAAGCCGUGGGGUGAGUGCUGGGGAGCAGCACUGGUUCCCAUGAAGCACCCAACUGCCUCUGAAGGGAGCCAGGAUGGUCUUCAGCUCUGGAAAGCAGGUGCAAGAUGGAUCCCUGAUCUCAGAUUGUGUUUAGCUAUUGCCUUCUCUCUUGUAUUCCAAAAGUAUUAAAAGAGACUUGUUUUCACCAUGA